AUGGUAAAGAGUGCCGCAAGAACAUGUUUUUAAACUGAGGUCUCUCAUCCACACUUUCCUUGGGGCCACAUUCUCCAGGCACGGGUCCAAGAUUUCCAGGGCUGGAUCUACACUGGCCUGCUUAACAUCAUUAGAAAGAUAUUAGAUACAUCACAGGGCGUACCUGUAAAAUAAAGUGUUUGUUACCUCCAUCCAAACGCUGUCUCCCUACUGCUGGUUGCUCUCCAUCACUCUCUGGUGUCACAUUUUAAUAACACAUUAUGAACGUUCCAAGUAGGACGUCAUGUGGCCAUAUGGUUAUCAAAACCAUUCUUUAACGCUUCCUUAACGUUAAAAACCAUGAGUGCAGAUCUGCCCCAGGUCUGUGUCUAAGUGUUUUGUUGUUGUUGUUUUUUGUCCCUUGUCUGAUAUGUUGGUUAAAUAAAUUUUUCCCUUGGGAAAAACUCAGGGACAAAAAAAAAAAAAUCCCCCACUUGGAUCUGGAAAUUCCAGACCUUUUCCUAAAAAUGUUGCACAAAUGGAAGUGUGCAUGAUCCCUAAGGCAGCUUUCAUGUGGAGGCUGGAAUGCAGACUUAUCCAUGGAAGACUUUAAAUUCCCUGGAAUUUAACUCAGCUCCAAGAAUGUGAAGCUGCCCCCUGCAGCAGAAGAUUUCUGCUUUCUUUGUUUUUCUGACAAUUUCUUUUUGCUUUACAGCCUACUGAACCUAGACCCAUUUUCUAAACACCCCAGAGUGGCAGAGAUAUCGGUGUCACAUAUUAACCUGCUCAGAUUUCUGGUGGAAGCUCAGUCAGCAUACUAAAAGCUCCUCGACCCAGGGAGGCAGAAAGUACUCAAAAAUGAAGACAGGCUCACUUAACGCAGCACGCUGAUGUUGAGUGAUGAAGACAGAAUAAAAAUCUGACCAAGACGUCUGCUGCACAUAGAAAAGAUAAAUACUGUUCUACAGAUGGGAGCAUUUUCUGAACUGCAUUCUUCGUGUCUGUGUAAGCAUAUGUAACUGUAAUUUCAAAACGGUCUAGCUUCGGAUAGUUCUAGCUUUCCUUUCUUGCUUCAGCAACCACAAACCAUGAAAGAAAAUGCUAAGCAAGCUAUGUAGAUUACAUCAGGGUCACAAUUUUAUAAUUUAUAUACACAGAGAGAGACAGGGAUCUACAACAAUCUAUCUAUGUCUGACUCUAAUCACUAUUCCCAAUUCUAAAGUGAGAGUGAGGAAUGCUUAUUCCUUCUAUCAGUUUUGGCUGAUACUAUGGCUCUAUGCCUGGGAAGCAGAAUGUGACCUGAGACAGCUGCUUGCUCCCUUCCUUCUUUGUCCCCCUUCCUUUUCCUCUUCCUCUGCCCUCAUUAGCUUUUCCUCCCUUCCCUUCCCCCUCCUCCGACCACUGCUGCUAUUUCGGACCAUCUUUACCCCUCAGUGUCAUGCUCUGAGGAAGGGAGCUCCUGGCAGCAUCCUGACCUUUAAGCUAUUGAGUUCCCCUUGCCCUUGGGAGCUGCCUCGCAAGUGGCUGCAGGAGAGGGACUGUGAGCCCCCACAGAGCGGCUUCUAGCACUGAGGUGAAACUGUGAAGCCCUCUUGUUAUUUUUGCUAUUGGAUGCUUCCCGUUUUUUCUGUAAUCUGGCUAUAUUGAUAGUACGGAAAUCUGUUUCUUUUUUCGUAUGUUAUGUUUGCUGUUGCUUUGCUACGUUAUUGUGAAAUUGUUACUGGGUUGUUGUUUUGCUAUGUUAUGACAUUGUUUCUAUAGCGCUUGUUUGAAAUGCGUUGGGGAAGGGGUAGGAAACUGGAUCUGGUUGGCAAGCCAGAUUUUUAUCUCCCCUAUCACUCAUAGGCCAAUUUGACAGAAUGACAGGGUCGCCCACCUGUAAAUCACUUGACAUCAUAAGGGCAUCACACAAUCAAAGUAUCAUAGAUUGUAGAGUCAGAAGGGACCUUGAGGAUCAUCCAGUCCAAGCCCCUGCAAUGCAGGAAUAUGCAGCUGUCCCAUAUGGGGAUCGAACCUGCAACCAACUGAGCUAUCCACUUGGUCAUUAGGAUUUCAGAGCGGAGCUUGCAAAGAGCUGUAUGUGAUGCACUGAAGCACUGCUGAUCAGUUGAGCCUUGAAGUUGCUGCCUAUUAAAUUAUAGGCAGGGACUUCAAGUCUGAUUUCCGCAGGUAUUGGCUGUACAAUGAAAUGGCCCAUGGGGAACAUAUUUCCGUAGCCAUUCCAACACGCAUCAAGCACAUCAGCUGAUUGGUGGUGACAGCAAGCUUCCCUUGACAAUGCAGUCAGGAGCAUACUUUAAGGCAACUGCAUCUCCACAUUCCCUGCACCUGAUGUCACGUAUGACACCAGGUGUGGGACAGAUGGGCAUGGUUGGGGAAAAGCAAUCCUGCAGGUUACAUUAGGACGUGUGCCAGGCCUACCCAUCACUGCAUUAUGGUGCAACAUAAACUGGUAUUCUGAAAUCACAUCUCACUAUGCAUUCAUUCAAGAUGCCAUUGGUGGUAAUCAAUGUUAGUCACGGUGUAGACCCUUUGAAAUCAUGUAUUGAAGUAACUUCAUUCUUCUCCUCUGAGUUUGACUUGCUUGGAGCUCAUCCAAUGUGAAUAAGCUGUCAAAUCUUACCGGGUGAGUUUUCUGCAGAUUUAUUUAUUAUGUAUAGGAUUUAUGGUCUGUUUCUAUCCCAAAGACACCCGAGGCAACGUAUACCUUGAAAACCCCAAUACAAUUCAUUACACUAUAAAAUCCUUGGAAGUCCAAUAAAAACCAGCAUAAUACUUUACUGAUUCAUCAAUUAUGGAUAGACAGAGUGGUCAGCAAUAUGAAUUUGCAUCAUCAAAUGGUUACAUUAAUAGGGGCAUCUAUUGGGUCCUCUUUUUUUGGUAAGAGAGGAUAGAUAAAUGCAGAUAAUGAAAAGUUUCAGAUAUCUGAGAUGCACAGGAUUUGUUGUCUUCAUUAUUAUAAAAGCCAACAUGUUCAUGUACUGAUUGAAAAUAUAUGAAAGAUACUAUGAACUUCAGGACUUGGUCCCGAUCCCCGCCAUGUCAACCCUGUUUGGCUUGAAUUAACAGAAUUUGAUCAGAACUUAUAGAUAGUGGGUUUUCAUUGGCUAACACUUGAGCUGGACUGAAAAUCCCCCUCCCCCAUUUCACAAUCCCAGUUGUAUUCAACUUUCAUAGGAUGAUGAAUAAUCUGGCAUAUGGGAAGUAUUGGAAGAACAUCUGGAGAAUACAUGAAAUCAAUAUUCAUGAAGAAUUUUUGAGGGGGAGCAAAUUAUAUUAUGAAUAUAAAAGGCCAGGGGACAUUAGAACGGAGAAAAGAAGAGUCUAGGAUACAAAGAAAAGGGGGGACGACAAAGCAUAGAAAUGACAAGGCUAUCAAGGAAUAUUGCCAUUUAAAAUAUUUGUUCUGGUUUUUGUUUUGUUUUUUGUAAUCUGCAAUUGCACCUAAUUAUUAUAAACUAGCUGAAAUCUGGAAGCUGCAUUUGCAUUUUUAUUUUACCUUUUUUAUCUCUCGUUCUGGGUUUCUGCUUCCAUAACUUGACAAGGAGCGUGCUAAGGAUCAUCUUCUACUUUGGUGAUCUCUCAUAGUGGAGUAAGAUUGUCUUCCAUAAACAUGGUUUUAAACAUCAGUCUGUAAGUGACUGUGGAGGCCAAUUCUGGAUCCACACGUCCUUCCAUAGUGGGAACAUAGGUUUCUGGGUGGGAAGUGAUCACGGUGAGGGUUUACAAUAUCUGAGGCGACCCUUCCUGCAUCCCAAAAUGGUUUAAAACUUCUAGGAUGACAGUGGACAGCUUCAAGAAAAAUGCAGAGAGCAAAGCCAACCCCUGUAUAUGGCGUUCAUUGACCUGACUAAGGCCUUUGACACCAUCAAUCGUAAUACCCUGUUCUUCUGAAAACUGGCUGCCCAGUUGCUAAGGGUAAGCCAAUCUUGAACACUUUCUUAGCACAACUGUAUCCAUUGCUGGUCCCCUGGCAACCUGGAACAAAGCAUUAUGACAUCAUCAGGGAGCUUGGCAACAGUUCAUGACGCUUCCUGUUUGACUUUCUGACCGGCUGGCACAAAAUCUCAUAGCCAAGGGAAAAUGAAACAGUAAAGAAAAUGAGAAGGAAGAGAUCCAUUGUGCUAUUGCUGCUGCAGAAGAAAGAUAGCUGUCUGAAUAUAUGAGCAUCUUCCUCUUCAGCUCUUGGAGAAGUGGGAGCGAUAUGCUCUCUGAGCAGUAGUGGAAUGCUUCUUUGUGAAUGUAAUUAAAGAAGAAGGUAGAAUAUCUUAAGAGUCUUAAGGAAAUCCCUGUGUGCUUGAGAAACUUUUAAAUACAUUCCGGAAUGAAAUCUGCAAGAGUCUUCAAAUCCCUGCAUUGAGGUAAUAUGAAAGUUCACCUAAGAGAUUUCCAAACAUAUGUUUGUAUGUGAUCUCAAUGCAGCUUGAGCUCCUUCCGUGACCUAGUUCCACCACCAGCCAGUCACCAUGAAGCAAGAGACUAGAUCAAGAGAAUUGGUAAAAAAAAAAAAAAAGCAAUGUUAUAUAGUAUAUGCUGUUGGGGGGAAAAUCUCAGUAGUCACAUUUAUUUCUGUAGCUCCUCCAUAAUGCACUCUAGGGAAAGAACCCUGCUGCUCUUUGCUGGUUCUCUGUGUGUUUUACUCUUGUGGCAGAGCAUCUGUAAAAGAACAAGCACCAUCUUCCCUUUUAGCAAUGGUUCAUAUAAUCUGUAGCAAGUCGAGCAGAAAGAGGAAAUCUCCAUCAAUGGGUUCUUGAAAAUCUGGAAGUGUUUCCCAAGUAGCGUUGUGUGCUCUCUGGGUUUAAACUGGGGCAACCCAGAGAGAUGGGUGGGGUACAAAUAAUAAAAUAAUAAUAAAAUAAUAAAAUAAUAAUAAAAUUAUUAAACCUCAAUUUUGGAGGGUUUAUACUUUUUCUUUUUGAUAUAUAUUUUUAUUAGUUUUCCGAUAUAAAACUAUACAAAACAAAACAUCCCAUUUAUCACCAACAUCUUUUUUUUUUUACUUCAACAUGUCUGAUAAUUCUCCGUCUUAAUCACUUCUUGCACAUUUCUUAAUUUAAUAUUGCACUACAAUAAUAUCUUAAUUUACCUUAUUUUUUAAACAAUAUUUCUACCAUACAUUCUCACAGAGCUUCCUGAAAGCUUACAAAUGUUAUCUGGUCAUCACAUAUAGUUUUCAUAUAAUCUGUAAAUUUAAUCCAGUCUUCAGUGAAUCUCUGGUCUUGUCGGUUCCGGAUCCUUCCUGUUAAUUUAUCAAAAUCUGCGUAUUCCAUUAAUUUCAUUCUCCAUUCUUCAAUCGUAGGUAAUUCUUCUUGUUUCCAUUUUUGGGCCAUUAGUAUUCUUGCUGCCAUUACUGCAUAUAAAAAUAACUUCCAUUCUUUCUUAUUAAUUUCAUUUCCUAUUAUUCCUAACAGAAAUGCUUCUGGUUUCUUAACAAAUGUAUAUUUCAACAUCUUUUUUAACUCAUUAUAUAUCCUUUCCCAAAAGCAUUUCACUUUUUUACACUCCCACCACAUAUGGUAAAAUGUUCCUUCUUUUUCUUUACACUUCCAACAUUUAUUACUUACUUUAUACAUUUUUGCUAAUUUUACUGGUGUUACAUACAAUCUAUAUAUCAUUUUCAUCACAUUUUCCUUUAUUAUAGUACACACAGUAAAUUUCAUCCCUUCAUUCCACAAUUUAACCCAGUCUUUAAAUUGUAUAUUAUAUCCAGAAUCUUUGGCCCAAUGGAUCAUAACUGAUUUAACCUCCUCGUCCUUUGUAUACCAUUCCAAUAAUAAUUUAUACAUUUUAUUUUUUUUUUUAAAGCAAUUUAUUGGGUUUUACAAUAGGAAUAAAUGUAAUAAACAAUAUAGCAUUCGUCUUAACAUAAUUUCACAUUUUCUUUGGACUUCCUCACAUCUCCCGCUCCCACCUUCAUCAUUAUAACAUUUUGUCAGCAAUUUAUCAUCUUAUUUAAAUUCUUAUAUCUCUUCGAUAUUUCAUAAUCUUAAAGUUCUCAUAAAGAGUUAAACUUUCACAACUUUUCUUGUUUCCUUAAAAAUUUCUAAGUUAAGUGGUGCUCAGUUAUUUAGUCCAGCAUCUUAUUCAGCAUUCAAUCAAAUCACAAUGUUUUUGUAGGUAGUUCUUAAAUUUCUUCCAAUCCUCCUCGAUUCUCUCUUCUCCCAGGUCACGGAUUCUGCCAGUCAUUUCAGCCAGUUGCAUAUAGUCUAUCAGUUGCAUCUGCCAUUCUUCCAGUGUGGGUAGAUCUUGGGUUUUCCAAUGUUUUGCGAGUAGUAUCCUUGCUGCUGUUGUUGCAUACAUAAAAAUGUCUGGUCCUUCUUUGCCACCCCUUGGCUGACAAUACCCAAAAGGAAGGCCUCUGGUUUCUUAGUGAAAGUAUAUUUAAAUACCUUUUUCAAUUCAUUAUAAAUCAUUUCCCAGAACGCCUUCACUUUAGGGCAUGUCCACCAGAGGUGAAAGAACGUUCCUUCACACUCUUUGCAUUUCCAGCACUUGUUAUCAGACAGGUGGUAAAUUUUUGCGAGUUUGACUGGGGUCAUAUACCAUCUAUAAAUCAUUUUCAUUACAUUUUCUUUCAAAGCAUUACAUGCAGUAAAUUUCAAUCCAUUACUCCACAGCCUUUCCCAGUCCUCAAACAUAAUAUUAUACCCAAUAUCCUGUGCCCACCUUAUCAUAGCCGAUUUAACCAUUUCAUCUUGUGUAUUCCAUUCCAACAGCAAGUUAUACAUCCUUGAAAGUAUCUUAGUCUUUGGUUCUAACAAUUCUGUUUCUAAUUUCGAUUUCUCCACCUGGAACCCUAGUUUCUUAUCACUUUUAAAAACUUCUUUAAUCUGAGCAUAGUGUAACCAAUCUCGCACUUUGUCUUUCAUUUUCUCCAAGCUCUGCAAUUUCCAAUUGUCUCCAUCUUUUCUAGUAUUUCCCAAUAUUUUGGCCAUUUGGCCUCCAUAUUGGGUCUUUUCGGGCCUUAGCUUCCAAAGGUGAAAGCCACCUUGGUGUUUUAUUUUCCAGCAAGUCUUUAUAUUUUGUCCAGACAUUAAACAGUGAUUUUCUAACAAUAUGGUUCUUAAAGGCCUUAUUUGCUUUAACUUUGUCAUACCAUAAAUAUGCAUGCCAUCCAAAAACAUUGUUAAACCCCUCCAAAUCUAACACAUCAGUGUCUUCAAGAAGUAGCCAGUCUUUUAGCCAGCAGAACGCUGCGGCUUCAUAGUACAACUUUAAGUCCGGCAGGGCAAAGCCCCUCUUUGUUUUGCAUCGGUUAGUAUCUUAAACUUAAUUCUGGGCUUUUUGCCCUGCCAGACAAACUUCGAAAUGUCUCUCUGCCACUUCUGAAAGCACUCCAUUUUGUCCAAUACCUGCAGUGUUUGAAAUAAAAACAACAUUCUUGGCAAUACAUUCAUCUUAAUCGCAGCAAUUCGGCCUAACAAAGAAAGUUUCAAUUUUGACCAACUGUCUAAGUCUCUCUUAAUUUCUGUCCAACAUUUUUCAUAAUUAUCCUUAAAUAGACUUAGAUUUUUGCUGUUAUGUUUACCCCUAGGUAUUUUACUUUUUAACCACAUUAAGUUCCGUCUCAUUCUGAAACCGUUCUGACUCUGUCUCAGUCAGAUUUUUCCCCAAAACCUUAGUUUUCUGUUUGUUUAAUUUAAAUCCCGCCACCCGACCAAAAUCAUUAAUCAAUUGUAAUACUCUUUUCGUACUAGGCUCUGGCUUCUGCAAGGUCAAAACCAGGUCAUCUGCAAAAGCUUUUAAUUUAUAUUGUUUCUGACCAACCUGAAUUCCUUCCACCAGCUGGUCCCCUCUAAUCAUGUUCAAUAGCACUUCCAGGACCGAAAUAAAUAACAAAGGGAAAUAGGGCAACCUUGUCGUGUCCCUUUUUCAAUUUUGAACUCUUCUGUAACCACAUUAUUAACUAUCAGUUUUGCUUUCUGUUCUGAAUAUAUCGCCUCAAUCCCAUUCUCAAAACCCCGUCCCACUCCCAUCUCUUUUAAGUUUCCCAUCAUAAAUUUCCAAGAAAUGUUAUCAAAGGCCUUCUCCGCAUCUAUAAAAAUUAAAACAGCUUUUGUAUUUAUGUCAGUUUGGAGAAGUUCCAAAAUAUCAAUAAUGUUCCUUGUGUUAGCAAACAAAUGUCUACCUGGGAGAAAACCGGCCUGGUCCUUAUGAAUUACUUCAUUUAAAACUUUUUAAAAUCUACUUGCCAAAAUAUCUGCAAAUAUUUUGUAAUCCACAUUUAAAAGGGAGAUGGGACGGUAGUUCUUCAGUUGUGUCUUUUCAGUUUCUGACUUUGGUAUCAAUGUGAUAAACGCUUCCUUCCACGAAUCCGGUGCCCUCUUCCCUCCAUAAUGUCAUUGCUAACCUCCAUCAAGGGUUGUAUCAAAUAGUCUUUUAGUGUCUUGUAAUACUUGGAGGUCAGCCCGUCUGGCCCUGGAGAUUUGCCAAGUUGCAUGUUCUGAAUAGCUUGUUCAAUCUCCUGUCGUGUUAUUUUAGAGUUCAGGAUUGUCCUAUUUUCUUGUGACAGUUUAGAUAAUCCAUUUUUGCCAAAAAUUGUUUAAUCUCAACUUCGUCUUGCGGCCCUUGGGUAUAUAAUUUUUAAAAUAUCUCUGGAAACACUUUCUAAUGUCCACUGGAUUCUGAAUGUUUCUUCCAUCAACCUCUAAAUUUGUAACCGUGUUUAAUCUUUGUCUUCUCUUCAACUGCCAGGAUAGCAGUUUUCCACAUUUAUUCGCCGACUCAAACGUUUUUUGUUUCAUUAAUUUGAUCUUCCAUUCAAUUUCCUGAUUUAUCAAUUUAGAAUACUGUGUUUGAUACAGUUUAAUUUCUCUCAGAGUUGGCUGUGACUUUGGAUUCACUCUUAAUUUCUUCUCUAAUUCUUUUAUUUUAUCCAAAAUGUUGUCUUUUUCUCAUUUUGUGUUUUUUCUUUACUACAUUCUGUUGUAUCAGGAAUCCCCUCAUGACAGCUUUGCUUGCGUCCCAGACGAUUCUUUUUUCCACCGAAUUGUUCAUAUUUAUCUCAAAAUAAUCUUUCAAAACUUUUUGGGCCUUCUUGGUAAUUUCCUGAUCUCUAAACAAAUUGUCAUUCAUCUUCCAUCUAAAGGAUCCAGUUGGUAGUAGUGUCAUGUCCAUCUUUACUGCGUUGUGGUCAGAACAGGUCUUUGGGCAGAUUUCCACUUUUCUAACCCUAGGUGCCAGGCCUCUAGAGAUCCAUAUUUGGUCGAUUCUUGUCCAGGUCAGUUGGGCUUCAGAAAAGAAUGUUCCUUCUCUACCUAGUGGGUUCUUUGUUCAAUAAUUUAUACAUUUUAGACAAAAUUUUUACGUCAUUAUUCAGUACUUCCAAUUGAUAUUUUGAUUCAUUGUCGGUAAAACCUCUUUCUAAUACAUCUUUUUUAAACAUUUCAUUAAUCUGAAAAUAAUGCAACCAAUCAUUUACAUAUUCUUUUACUUCAGCAUAUGGUUUCAGUUUCCAUUUACUUCCUUCUUUCAUUAUUAAACUCCCAUAUGUUAGGGGUUUAUACUUUUUCUGGUGUCUAUGAGGAGGACUUGAAUUUCUGGGUAGGGGACAAGGAUCAUCCACUCCCAGUCUCUUUCCUCCAUUCCAACAUAACUUUACAGUUCUCAAUGCUUUUUUUUACUUUCAUGAAGAGUGACUAAGAGCAGAACAACUUUUCACACAUAGCCAUUCCCUGUGAAAACAUAUGAGAAAAGGGAGAAUGGCUUUGCACAUGAGGUAAUCUAGGAGAGACUUAAGAUCUCUUCAAAACUCUUUGGUGAAAGCAGAAAUAGGCUGAAAUUUCUCUGAAAUUUCUCUCCCUGCCCCCAUUUUCUCCACCCACAAUUUUGGGUCAGCUCUGCCAUUUUUAUUUUAAAUUGCAACCCUGUUUCUGGAGCAUUCAAAUUGUGGAGCUAAAAGUUCCCCAUGUGGUGACAACUUAACAGAGAAAGGCAGUUGCAAAUUGGCAUAUGUUGCUGUCAAGUCUGUCAGUCUUAUGGAGAGAAGGAAGGCAACAUUAAACUUAUUUUAACAUUUAUUUUACCGACACUGCAUCUCCUCCACACAAAGCCUCACUCUCCUCCAACUCUGCCUGGCUACAUAGAAACAAAUGCUGGAUGUCUUCUACAGCAGAGCAGAAAUGUAGGAGAAAGUGCUGCAGGAAAAGAACUGACUUUCUCCUUUUUUUUUAACCUGGGAAAUUUGAAUACAGCAUGUGCUGAUUUUUCAGGAAAGGACGUCUCCCAUGCAUUAAUCCACUGCUGAGUUAAAGCAUGGGGUGCUACAAAAAGAAAGACCGACUUAACAGUAUAAUGAAGGGACCAAGCCAAGAAGAAAAGUGUGUGCGGCUGUCAAAGUUAUGCAGCUAAGAAAUCAGUGAGGCAGGGAGCCUUCUGACAAUGGCAAGUGGGGAGCGCAACUGAGGGCUUGAUGUUAUGAAUGAUAGGUUAAAAAGUUUCCGGAUGUGGAGGGGCUGACAUGCAACCACAUCCCUGCAGUGAAGAAAUUACCUAGCUGCAGAGUCCCAGUCGCCCUGCUGUUUAUACAGAAUUGCUUUAAUAAGACCGUAAAAGAGGAAAUUACAAUGGCACAAAGCAGAACAAUAUGUAUAGUUCAGUGGGAAAGCCAUAAAACAAGCAAUAGGGAGUAUUGCUCUCGCAGCUUGGCCCAUUAUUUUACGGGGCACUGCUGCUCAGCAAGGUAAGCUGAUGCUAGAGAUGAUUACCAAGGCUUGAAGUCAAGGAGGGCCCAAGAUGCUAAAGCUCAGAUGUGCUAGCGAGUGAUGGCAUAAGCGUAGGUUCUAUGGCAGAGAUUGUAUGGAUACCUGAACAUUGGCUAGAUGGACAAGUCAAUUCUAUGAUGGUUGGUUCUAAUAGCUAACAUUUUGGUAUGUUAUACUUGAUAUGAAUUUGUCUUUAUUUAGCAGUGCAUAAUAUUUUAUCAGCAACAUGCAACAGUGUUUCAGACUUGUCAGAAUUCUAGAGUUGGCAUGCAGUGGCAUUUAGUAUUAGACAGCUUAUAAGAUUUCAUAUGUGACGGUUGCUAAAUCAGGCAAGAGAUGUCACCAACCUAAAUCACUCACAUUUUGAGGAAAGCUUUCGUACUUUUUUUUUUUUAAGUGAAUUUCAGUCUCAAAUUUGACACCUGACAUUCAAAAUCUGAAUUGUGAGACUGAACAUUUUAGUGAAUAUUUGUGGACAUUCAUUUAGGCUCAGCAUAGUAUUAUCAUAUCAUGUGGAACUUUUAAGCUAUCAAAUGUUGAAACACAGUAGUCCCACUUGUGACUACCCUACUGCUUCAACCAAAUUUGCUGGCACGAAAUCCUGGAUCUUUCAGAAUAGUUGACAUCAUGAUGUAUCAACAACUAAUCAGCAGUCAAGAAUCCUCUUUAAUAAAAAUGCCUUGUUGUUUUCCUCAGGAUCAUUUCCCUUAGGACCAAAAAGUCUGUUAGGCAUCUCUUUACAAGCAAGAUUCCAAGAUGAGAUGUGAGCGUUUGAAGUUUUUAUUUGAGUAUGAAAUUUUUACAACAACAACAAGCUGAGGUGCAUUCUGUCACAUGAUCCGCCGCAUGCAGACCAAAAUGGUGUACUCCUAGGAAGGCUGUACAGAUUGAGUUCUCUGUAGGUGUCAAGCAGCCCUGAGGCAUCAGCAUAUCAAUCUAGAUUGCCCCCAGUGUUUCAGGCAAAUAAAGAAAGAGGUAAAGAAAGUUAUAUUUGAGCUCUGCAGUGUUUAACUUCUUUAUUGGUUGUGGUGAUCCAAAGCAACAGACCAGGCUCAGAAUCCAUCUUCUCCAUGUUUGACCUGUGCCCUAAGCUUUACUGCUUUUAGUGAUGAAUGCUAAGCACUUUCCUAUUCAAUUUUGCUGGGCAAAAUGUAAACAUGACUUUCAUAGGCAAUCUUUUACGAAGGAAAUCUAUACACACACACACAUAUAUAUUAUUUGCUUUGUAUCCUGCAAAUUUAUUCUUAUUCUUUUCAAACAUCUCAUCUGGUUGAAUUCAGGAAAACAACAACUCUGCAUUUAUCAAUGCAAAAGGUUGGCAUCAUUUCUUGAGAUAAUUGUUACCAUGUAACCUGACUGCUCACUUCAUGCUGUAAUAAGUCAUGUAACUGGCUGUAAUUUUCCUCUGUUUUCAAGUUUCCAGUAGAUUCCAGGGAUCUUGAAAGUUAAAUCUAAAGUUGCCUGAUUUAUUCAAUGGUGGCUAUCUAGUCUUUUAUAUAUUGUAUGUGUUUGGAUUAUUAAUGUAUUUGAAUAACUUUGUAUGAUUGUAUGAUUUUAUCGUUUAAACCUAUGGCAAUAAAGGCCAAUAACAACAAUAAUGACUAGUGCAGCUGGCCUUCUUAAUAUACUUUGUGUGUGUGUGUGUGUGUGUGUGUGUGUGUGUGCAAAUAGCAGUCAGAGGGAAGCCUGAGCAGCCUCUGGACCAUUGGCAGUGGAUAGAUUGGGGAGGAGAAGUUAAAAUUUCUCUCUCUGCCACGAGGAAGCCUGACCAAAAAACACCUCUUCAAAGUUUCAAUUUGCAUGUCAAGGGACACUCCCAGUGGGUUUUAAAAAAAACAACACACACACCCACCCUGUCAGACCCAUGGUGCAGUCUGAGAGUAUUAAAUUCCUCAUCCCUCAUAGUCCCAAGGCUGCUUCCUUGCAGAGCUAUUUAUAUAACAAAAACGUGCACAUUAAUUGUUGUCAUGCAGUUAGCAUCAUGCACACCCUUAGACACGGGUAAUUACUCUAGAUCAGGCAUGGGCAAACUCAGCCCUCCAGAUGUUUUGAGACUACAAUUCCCAUCACCCCUGACCACUGGUCCUGUUAGCUAGGGAUAAUGGGAGUUGUAGUCCAAAAACAUCUGGAGGGCCGAGUUUGCCUAUGCCUCUUCUAGUUUUAACUUCUGAUGGGGAAGGGCUAGAGAUCAGAGGUUGAGACAUCUGUUUUAUUUGCACACGGUUUCAAAUUCCAAGCCCUGGCACCUUUAGGCAGGACUGGCCUGAAACACAGGAGAGGUGCUGCCAGUUAAUAUCUGCAGUAAUGAGCUAAGUGGACCAGCCGACUGGCUCAGUAUGAGGCAGCUUCCUAUGUUUCUGUUAUGCCGCAUUUAGGUUUAACAUUAUGCUGCUGCAGCAAGGUGUGCACUCUAGGAGUCACUGCCUGGGACACAAAAUGGAUGUUGACCCCUCUCCCCCCCCAAAAAAACCCCAGCUCAUACUCACUUGACAUAAUGUGUGUUUUCCCUCUCUCACUCCUCCAGGGAGCGUGGGCAGGGAAACACACAAUGUGAUUAAUGUCAUGGGAACAUGUUUCAAGGACAGAGCUAGAGAACGGCUUCCUAUUUGCAGAAGCAAACCAGUGCUUGGCAUCGCACCUAGUUGUGUUCAGAACAAGCAGAACCAUGACCAAUCAAAACUCUCUGACAAGUAUAUCUAUAAGAUUUUUUUUAUUAAAAAAUCAGUAGCAUGUUAUUCCUUUUCAUUAGCCAUAAUUUCAAAAGCAAAGGAGAUUAAAAAAAAAAAUAGAACAAAAACGUUCACGUUCUGAAAAACAGAUAUAUUCAGAGAUAUUGUGCCAUUGGGUGAAAAUGUUGGUUACGUUCACACAGGGCUCAUCUACACUAACAUUUGUUCCACAUUUCUAGGCACAGAAUGAAGCUUUCCAGGUCUGUGUCAGCACUUUUUGGUGGUGGCGCUGCUGCUUUCCCCAUGAAAACCCGUUCCUUACCGAUCAAAUGGAAAUCCAUGGAAUACCCAAAUUUCUGUUUGCUCCGAUUCAGCAGUAAAGUUUGUGUUUUCCUGGGGAAAGUGGCAAGGAGAGGUGGGGGGCAAGUACUCAGGCACAGCCCAGAAAAGCACAGACCUGUCUCUAGAAAGCAUGGGGCAAAAGGUAUUAGUGGAUAAGCCCAUACUUCGUCAUUUUUAGGCUUACAUUUUAAUCCUCUUAGAAAAUGUAACUUGUGGUGAAAGGAUGGGGCUUGGAAGAAUGGUGCUCAGACAUCAUAUUCCAUGGAUCCGACACCCCUAAUGGGGUCUGGCUUUGUUAACAAUCAGUUCCCAAUCCUGCCAAAGUUCAAGCCACAUCAAAACAGGUCUAUUUUGCCCCCCUGAAUGCAAGACUCCUCUGCCUCCCCCUGCCCCCCACUCCAUCUCAAACCUUCUCGGGAGAAAAGAUAUAUAGAACUCAAGAUUUAAGAGCUGGGUGCUGCUGUGAGCAUGCACAGCACAGUUAAUUUGCCCUAAGGAGCAUGGGGACUUCCCAGCACCAAUACACGCUCAUAGCAACACCCAAACCUGAAGUUGAUGGUUCCACAAACCUUCCUUGAGAUGCCCCACCAUCUCCAGUUGCUUUGAGAAGAGAGAGAGGGUGCAGCAGGGACAAUUUGCAGUAGAGUUUGACAGUGGGGUGACCUCUAUUCUCACCUUGUUCCUAAUCUGUUUUUUUACAGUGGAACCUCAUGUUACAUACCGUCCCCCUUGCAAACAUUGCGGGUUAUGAGCUCCGCUAACCUGGAAGUAGAUGCUCCCGGUUGUGACCUUUGCCCCGGGAUGUGAGCAGAAGUCAAGCUCCGGCAGUGCAGCAGCAGCAGCGGGAGGCACUAUUAGCAAAAGCAUGCCUCGUGUUACGAACGGUUUUGGGUUGACAACGGACUUCCAGAAUGAAUUAAAUUCGUAACUGGAGGUACCAAUGUAUAGGGCCUAUUCCCCACGGGGAAUGUUCACCUAUCACUAACGUGUGAAGUGGCUCUCUGGUUUUCACUGACACUCAAGAAUGUUUGAAAUAGACAACUUACAAAACCAUGGGGUAACACAGAAAGAAACAGUGAUGCCUCAUGCACAGGGCAUCCAAUUUGUCGUCUUUGCUUAAAGAAAACCCGCAGCUACAAUGCUGACCUAACAACCGGGUCUCCUCUUUGUCUCCUUCCAUUUUGCAGUGCUUUCUAGAGUGGCCACUGUCGGAAGCGUGUCAUUACUCGAGUGCUAAUGAAUUUUCAUUUUAUUAAAACACUUUAAGGCUAGAAAGUGUGCCCCCAACUCAUUACUGUAGUAAUUGAGUAUACAUAUUUAUUUCUCUGCCAUAAUAGCUAAAGUGCUUAAUAAAAUUGCUCCGGUACAGGAAAGAGGCUGUAAUCAUUGAGGGGCAACAAAUAAGAAUUGUGCAAAUUUACCAAUUGCACUCUCUAACUACACUCUGAUGGUUCAUAAAGGAAAGCUGGCUGCUUGUAUGCACUCUGGUUUAUGGUCGAAAAUAUAAUUCCUUUUAAUAAAACAUACAGCACAUUACACAGUGGUAAGGUCGGUUCUUUGCUGCUCCUCUGCUCUGAAUAUAAUACAAUUUUAUUUUGGGAUUAUUCUCUUUCAGGACUGCUAUGGCCACAAGCCAGAACGAUGUGUGUACUCAAUGUUCUUAUUGUCAGGUAGGGCAGACAAGACUCCCAAAGGCAUUCAGUCCUCUAAUAAAAGUAUUGCCUUGCCAGAUCUGACCAAUCCCCAGCGAGGCAAACACCCUGUUUCCAACAGCAACCAGCCAGAGGCCCCUAGAGAGUUCACAAGCAGGGCAUGAAAAGCAAUGACCAUCUCCUGCUGCUCGUCUUCAGCUUUUGGUAUUCAGGGAUAUUGUGCCGCUGGACAGAGAGGAGCUAUAAAGGCAUUGUGACUCACUGCUGGUGAUAAGACCUAGGCUCCAAGAAUUUGUCCAGAUUUGUGAAUGCAUCUCUUUGCCCUUUUACAGCUUGCAACCAGGAAGUUCCACUUGUACACAUAAGGUACCCGACCACUGACAAAAUUGCAAAGAAUGGUGUGGCAAUCGCACAGGGCCCCUGGACGUUUCACAGUCUAUUGACCCUGUGCCACCACUGCGACUGCUUUCUUUGCUGCCACCACCCCGCUUCUCACGGGGACACACGGAGUCCAGACAGUUAACAUAAACAAAUAAUCAAGUUUAUUUUUAAAUGCAGGAACAAGCGUAUGGUUGCAGUUUAUUUUUCUCUUGUCAGUUUCCUAAUCUUAGUUCCUAACAACUUCCAACUGAAUUAUUCCCAACUAUCUAUCUGACUCCACCUAACAAUUCCUCUCACUCUCUCACAACACAACUCUACCAACCCACUCCUAAGCCUCCCUCUUCCUUCUCCAACACCCAAGCCUCAACUCCCAACUGACAAACCUCAACUGACUUUCAAAACCUCCCACUCUAUCUUUUACUCCCGCCCUUGCAUUCUCACUCGCCAAUCACAUCACACCCAUUUUAACCCUUGACCCAUCCUAGGAGGCAAACGCCACAAAUGGCUUGCAAUAUUAAUGGAGGUCGGCGGGGGGGGGGGGGGAUGCUAGCCAAAUUUGAUGGAAAGAAAUCCUGCUGCACUCACAGGUCCAAGCUCUUCAUCAGGUUCUCUCACAAGACUCACUUUCACUGCUAAAUCCAUGGUAGAGACCCUAUGACAGUCCAAUUCAAUUACAUACUAUCAGGAGUGCGUAGGGCUAUUAUUUAUAUCACUCAUGCAGCAGUAAGGGCCAAGGGGAUGAAACAGCAAGUUGCCUCAUAAUAUGUAAAAUCAGUCACAUAGUUAUAAAUUUCGCUACAUCAUCGGUUGGCAGAGGCAGCAAAAUGCACAAUGGCAAUGAUGCCAUGAUACAGGGUUCAUGAUCUUAAAUAUUGUAGGGUGAGAGGAAACUCAACCUGAAGGUGUCAUUUUCAGCAGCUGCCUUGUGUCUACAUAUAUACAGUCUUACCUUGGAAGUCGAAUGGAAUCUGUUCCGGAAGUCCGUUCAACUUCCAAAAUGUUUCUGAUUGGCUGCAGCAAGCUCCUGCAGCCAAUAGGAAGCCACGGAAGCCACGCUGGAUGUUCGGCUUCCAAAAAUAGUUCACAAACCAGGACUUCCGGGGAGGCACCUCCGGCAAUGGCGGAAUUCCUCUGAACGGGAGGAAUCCGCUCCGUGAGAAUCUGGGUCUGGUCGCCACGGCGAAGGCGGAGACCCGUUAAAAUCACAGGCGGGAGAAGCCUGUGAACGUGGGAUUCGGUGGGCACCUUUUGCGCCUCCCCCACUCGUGGGGAACCCCGGGUUUGGGGGCUCCGGAGCGACGUAGGGUGAGCGGCGCGGUGCAUCGAAUCGUCGGCUUCUUUCACGGAGCGAAGCCGCAUAGCUGUUGCCGGAGAGCGCUGACCUUUUCCUGUGGACAAUUUGACUUUAAAGUAUUUACCCGUGAGUAGAGCUGAAGCGGAAGAAUUGGAUUUCUAAAAGUUUAAUUUGGUAUCGUAACGGGGAGGUUCAAAACAGGAAGUCUGCCUUCCCCUUUUGUAAAUAGACUGAGGCAAUGAAGUUGCAAGCUGGAGUCCUGGAAGGUCUUUUGUAAAAGAUCAAAUUUCCAAUGGUAAAGAACAUUAAACAGUCUUGGAGGCAGGAGAAGAGAGGGGGAAGUUGUGGAUUGAGUAUGCCUGCGGGAAAGAGCGAAGAGACUUAAAACACCGCAGCUCUGACCCUGGAAACAGGCUGCUAGUAGGACUGAUGUCUUUUGGAAUGUUCAUUGACAGCGCUUAGAAUGUUCAUUGACAGCUAGUUAAAUAAGAGAAAUACAUUGUUUCUACUGUCUUCGGCUGCUUUAAAAAGGAAUAAAAGUAACUGAAAAUUGAAACUAAUUUGAAACUAACUUUGGAUUGUUUAAAAGAGGAUACUAUUGACUAUUACAAACAGAAACUGUUUCCCCCUAGUGGAAGCCUUUGAAACUGGUUGCUUUACAAGAGUUGGACUAGGGGAAUUUCCAGCUGCAAGUUAAAAACCAUGAGACUCUGGGACUGACCUUGAAUCUUUCAAAUGUUAUGGUAAAUGGAAGAGGAAAAACAGACCAGUCAACUGCUGACAAAACAUUAAGGUCUGGGAGGACUUGGUAACAAUCCAGGAGAGGUCUAUCAUUAGGCCCUCCUGAUCUUUUUGUUGCUGUCUUCAUAAAUGUAUAUUUGAAACCAAGAGGAAUGUCGACAGAAGAGGCUUUGGUGGCUGCAUUAUAUAAGAUAAAUGACUCAUUGGAUCAGCUUCACAGGAAAAUGGACAUGAUAAAUGCGAAAGUGGAUGUUUCAAUUGCUGAGGUUGACUUGAAUGCAGGGAGUAUGGAUAAUACCAAUACAGAAACCACCCAGAAAUUGAUACAAGAACCUAUUUCGAUAUGGCAAGCUGUGGAGGAAGUCAGGGAAAAAGCUGUUGCUGCUUUUUAAAGAAACACAACUGGAGAGAAAGAGAAAGAGAACCCUAGCCCUACAGAGGCAAUUUGUUGAACAUAAGUUGAUGCUCGCUAUGACUGAACUUAAGGAAAAACAGACGAAUUUGAGGAUUAGAGUUCACCUUUGGUGGACAUGCCCAAGGAUUAAGACACUCUGGGAGAUGAUUCAUAACAAAAUGAAAAAGGUAUUUAAAUAUACCCUUUUGAAGAAACCAGAGGCCUUUCUCCUGGGCAUGGUCAGCAAAUUGGUGUUAAAGAAGGAUAGAAUUUGUUUCAUGUAUGCAACAAUAGCAGCAAGAAUACUCAUUGUGAAGUACUGGAAGACACAAGAUUUAUCCAUUCGGGAAGAAUGGCAGAUGAAGCUGAUGGACUAUAUGGAAUUGGUGGAAACGACUGGCAGAAAUCCGAGACCAGGGAGAAGAGCUGGUGGAAGAAGACUGGGAAAAGUUUAAGACUAUUUAUAGAAAUACUGUAAAAAUAAUGAAUGUUAGAAAAAUGUUGGAAUGAAGUUAUAUGGUUUUAGUAGAAAUGCUAUAAGGAAUCAAGUAUAAAUAGAUUAAUAGUGUAUUAAAGGGAAAAUAAGGCUAGAAUAUGCUAAGAUAAUUAUAGGAUAGGAAACAGAGGAAGAUGGAAAGGAAUUGCUGAAAUAAUUAAUAGAAGUGGAAAACAGAAAGGGAGGUGUGAGGAGGUCGUGGAAAUAAGGGAAUGAAAGAUAAGACAUUGAAAUUGUUCUGUGUUUGAAAUGGUUUGUGUUAUGCUUUAUGGUUUAUGUUUUUCUUUUUUUCUUUUCUUUUUGUUCUUUCUUUUUUUGUCUUUCUGUUUUGUUGUGUUUUAAUGGUUGAAAAUUAAUAAAUAUUAUUUUUUAAAACAAAAACAAAAACAAAAAUAGUUCACAAACCGAAACAGUCACUUCUGGGUUUGCAGCGUUCGGGAGUCAAAACGUUCGAGAACUAAGCUGUUUGAAAACCAAGGUACGUGUGUGUGUGUAAACUAAAGAUCCUAGGGCAGUGUACAACAUUAAAAACUUAAUUUACACAGCAUAAUAAUAAAAAUACAACACACAGAAUAAUAAUAAAUAAAGUAAUCAUAAUAACAAUCUCUCUCUCCCACCCACCCCCUAUUUACCAUAUUAUUUAAUAGCCAAAAGCCUGGAUAAAGAAUGGCACUGGGUGAAUCUCUCUGAGGAAAGGACAAUAUUUAGUUAUAAUAUGUAGUUCCACUCCCUCACUGGUCUUAGGAAACCCACUAUUUCUCACACAAGGAAAUAUGGUACUCUAUAUUUGCUAUCUUCUUUUCUUUUAGUAUGCAAACGUUACAUAAAUCGUAUUAUUUUCUACAAAAAAAUUUUUACGUUUCCCUUCCAAUGAAAAGCACUUAAGUUGAUUACACAAUUAAUUUUAUUAGUUUCAGCCAUAGCUGAUAAUGAGACAACCUAAGUUUUAGCAGAAGCUGAACUGUAGCAGAAAGGAAACAGUGCCAGGGUUGUGAUCAAGACAUGACGGGAUGAAUAUUGCUACCUCCUUACAUGCCUAGUUUCACUACAGCCCUAGUGUGAGCAUAUUGACCUGGAAUUCCAGAACAUGUCCUGAUCAACACAGGAAGUUAAUAUCUUUGUCAGCUUCCCAUGACUGUGUCCAAAAUGCAAGAGUUUAUAAAGGAUAAGGAGACAGGAGGCAUGAAGAGUGGAAUGAAACAAACCAACUUGACCCCAAAUGUUUGCCUACUGAGGAAUUCAAAAUUAAUUUUCAGGUUCAGAAAUUUUAUGGGGGUGGGGGUGUUUAAAUAAGUCUAACCAAAUCUGGUCAGGAGAAGUCCUACACAUUCCAAAAAAAUUGGCACCAGUAGAGUUAUCUUCACCUGCCCUACCCACCUGCUGAAAUUAGGUUUGCAAGAAGCAUUCUGUCAUAGCGAAUACACUAGGUUGUGGUGACUCCUUGGUUGUAGUGUGUUUGUGUGUGAUGCCCACAACAGUUUCUCUAGUUUACAAAUGUGUCCACAAAUCCAAAAAGGUUCGUGAUACCCUGAAAAGUCUGAAGCUGAUUCAGAGAAGGAAGACUUUAGGAGAGGUGUGAUGUAGUAACCUCAACAAAAGUAAUUGGAGUUGGAAUGUACGGCUGUUACAUUUAUUUCCCCCUAUUGGUUGAAAAUAAAAUUAGCUGCACCAAACUAGCAAAUAUGAACAUCUUUAUUUUAUACAAAGAGAUAUACUGAGCUUGCCAGUUGGGUUAUCCCAAAAUCUCAGUGCUAUUAUUAUUAAUUACCCAGUUUAAACUCCAGUGGUAAUGAAAUUACUCUGCAGCCUCUGUAUCCUUACAGUUGAAAGACAUAGUGUGCUUAAGAAGAAUAUAUUGUAGCACUUAAAACAUCAUUUAAAAAUCAUUUCACAAGAGGCGUUACUCUUGAGAAUACAGGCAGUAUUCCAGCUAAGUACUUAAGAUGUGCUAAUGACUCUGCUGGACCAGGGCCACAGAAACAAUGUUUCAAUUGCUAGCCUACAAUAAUUGUUUCUUACAAAAACUACAAUUAUCAUUCCUCCGUCUAUUUUAAGGAAGACCCUCUGUGAGGGUUUCCAUAAAAGAGGACACAUUUGCUGGUGAGUGGGGUGGAGGAAGGGAGAGGGCGCAUGCUAGAGCACACUGUAGGUGUGACAUCGGAAGGCGCCAGGGAGGGCGGUGGCAAAAUUUGUGCAUGCAAAUUUGGGGGUGGGGUGCAGGCAGGCAGGCAGGCAGGAAGGAAGGAAAGCUGCCUCCCUUUCUUUGGCGUGUGCAUGGGGCGGUGGGCAGGGGGCGGAAGGCGUACAAAAUAAUUAAUUAAUUAGCCCAGGAAAAGCCAUGAAGCAACAUGGCAACUUUUUAUGUAGAGGAAGAGACUGACGAAAAGCUCCCCUGGUACCAGAGAAAAAAACCAGGACAUUUUGGCAAAUUCAAAAAAUCCACCAGGACAGAAAUUUCCUCCCCGAAAAAGGGGACAUGGCCAGAAAAAAGAGGACGUAUGGCAACUCUGUGCAUAUCAAGGCUGACACCAGAGUCUUGGGGUCCCUCAGUAGGGAGCAACCUGGGCCCUUUUUUCCUACCUGGGUGGGUUCUGUUUCCCUCAGCAGUCACAGUUGUGGCUGUUAUCUUUCUUCCCCGCCACCCAGAUUAAUGAGCUGAAAGAUCUGACGCAUUGUGGGUGGGGGGGAAAUGGUGCCACAAAAAAUGGCACCAGUUGUUUUUUUCCAUUUUGUUUUAUGCAGAAUAUAGUAAAGGGGGAGCUUCUGGUGCAUUUUCUACUGGAAAAUAUGGUAGCCACAUCCACAGCUCCCAAUGGGACACCCCACAAGCAUCACCCAAUCAUGUUAUGUGAUGAUGCUGAGUCUGUAGCCUUUUGAAAAAUGUGGGUCUUUAAUAAGGUCCCAAGCAUUAACUGGUAAGUUUAGCUGAAUAAUUGGAAUAGUCUACUUUUAACUAGUGAGGGUCAACUUUGGUUAGCAACUCUUGGAGUUAAGACAAAACUUGUUUGUUUGUUUCAUAAAAACUGUUUUAUUUUGGUGUGUUACUGUUAACAGUGAAUUUAAAACUAUGGUACCACUAGUUUAUUAAGUUGUAAAUCUUACACUUCCACUGGUAUCUUGUUUUGGGUGUUGGUAGCAGAUGAGCCAAAUAUAGUACAUUAAUGAAUCAAUCUGUUAAAAUGUAGGUGAUUAAUGUGUUAUUUCCAAUAUUGCAAGUUGCUACACAAGAUUCAAGUCACCCAACCCCUUCUGUGCUGGGCAUGGUCUCCAUGAAACAUGAAACUCCUGGUUUUUCUCAGGGGCCUGAGGAAGAACAAGAAAGUACAUUUAGAUGCAUGCUAUUUUAUUUUAUUUUAUUUUAUUUUAUUUUAUUUUAUUUUAUUAUUUUAUUUUAUUUUAUUUUAUUUUAUUUUAUUUUAUUUAUUUUAUUUUAUUUUAUUUUAUUUUAUUUUAUUUUAUUUUAUUUUGAAAGAUUUAUGGACCACAAAGUCUUUUAAGUGCAGGCCUGUGCCAGCUGACAUACUCUAACUGGGAAUGGAACCUCCCUACUUUCUAUUGCCUUCUUCUGUGUUUUUAUUUAUUGCCUCUCUAUCUGGGAGCAAGGAGAAGGUUCUCAGCAGUCAUGUGUACCUGUCAAACUCUCUUCUGGAGUCCUGCUAGCCUUCUCUUUCCACUGAAUGGAAAAGCCUUUGCCCCUCGAUCACCUGGUUGUUGUUUUUUUUAAUGCAACUGAUUAUAUAGUAUUAUUCUGUGAGAAUAAUACUGUUAUUAGUAAAAGGGGAGCUUCUGGUGCAAUUUCUACUGGAAAAUAUGGUAGCCACAACCACAGCUUCCAAUGGGACACCCCACAAGCAUCACCCAAUCAUGUUCUGUGAUGAUGCUGAGUCUGUAUUGUUAGUGUAUUUCAUUGCUGGUUUUAAUGAGAACAUUUUAUAGGUCUUUAUUUCAUUUUAAACUAGUGAGAAGUGCCCAGCACUGCUGAGGAAUUCAAAGAAACAAACAAACAAAUAAGAGUAAGGUUUAAAUGGCUAGUGUAAUGUGUGAGAUUUAGGGCUGUGUAGUUUAUGUGUUUUAGGGCUCUAUGCUGACCCAUGGAACAUCUGACAUGGUCCUGAAUCAAUUGGGAGGAGCUAAUAUUAUAUUAGGGCUGAUUUGGUCUGCCAUCUUGAUUUCUAAUGGUGCCCAGUGUCAAAACAUAGAGGAAGACCACCACCUCCACCUCAAGAACCCUUGUUCUGCGCUUGGUGACUGUAUCUUGAGAGACAUCCAAAUUGGUUUGAACCAUCCUGUCAAACUGGGCAACAGUAUCUUCAGAACAGGUUUGAACCAUCAUGCCAGAUUUGAUGAAGGCCAAUCAAAUUAGGUGGCAAUAUAUUCAGAGAUGUUCAAAUCAGUGCACUUUGGACCCACUGUGUAAAAAGGAAAAGGAAAAGGCGAGGUCACAUCAAAGUCAUGUUUCAUUCUGCCAUCUUGAUUGAAAGUGGUGACCAUCCAUCCAAACUUCAACAAAGACUGCCACCGCCACCCCUGGAACCCUAAUGCUGAGUUUGGUGAAGAUAUCUUGAGAGGUGGCUGAACCUACACACAAAAAUAAUAAUAAUAAAAUGUGUGAACUCACACCAAAGUGAUGUUUUGGCCCACCACCUUUAUUUAAAGCAGCUGGCAUACAAAGUGUGUUCUCCCUCAUAGAGAGCACGUGUUGCAGUGGGAUCUGCCAGGCCACCCCUCUGUUGCCAGGCAGGGCUAGUAAAGUUGGCCUGUGGCAAUGAUUGGAUGGUGGGGUUGCUGGGGCAAUUUCUAUGUUGCCAAUUUGGUGAGAGGGAUCAAAGGUUUUAUAUUCUGUGCAGGCAGCUUGGAGCUUUCUCUUUCGCUGCGUGCACUGGAUCACCUACCCGCCCGCCCUAAUUUCAGGGUGUGUUUUUUGUGUUGACCUUCCUAUGCCUGUCAUGGGGUCGUCUGCCAUUGGGGCAGGGGCCUGGUAGGAAUUUUGUCCAUCUGGCUGAUUGGCUGAGCCAUUUGGUUUUUGCCUACUGCGUAGCAAAUCGUCACAACUUGUAAGGUUGCGGUUAGGCAUUGGUUAUCAAACUGGUUGGAGGAGGGGUAAGGAUUGGCUGGGCCUGCCCAUCCAAUUCUGCUGCUGAAAGGGAAUUCCGUUAAAGGAAUACAUGGGCUUGCCAUGUUUUGUCUGAAUCCCUGGAAUGGGGCUAGGGCUGGCAAGCCCCGGGGAUCAUGCAGGGAGAGGUGAGGGCCUGUGGCUCAGCUCCAUUUCUUCCCAAUAUUGUUUUCCCUUACUGGCUUUUGCUGGAAUCCGGAAGUCAGUUCUGUCCCCAGGCGGGGGAACAGCUAGUCUUAACCAAUCCCUAAGCAACCACUCACAUUUAUGUAUUUUAAUAAAGUUGUGGCCAAAAUUAUGCCAAAAACCUUAAACAAAAAUUCUGUGUGUGUUGUGAGUCAUUUGAGGGGUGGUUUGGGGACCUCGACACACAAACAUUGACAAAGACCACUUCCCUCUCCUCAGAAACCCUUGUGCCAUGCUAGGUGACAAUAUCUCAAGAGGUGCCUGAACCCAUAGAGAGCAGACAGACAGACAAACCACUUUCCAAAAUAUAUAGCAGAUGAUUAUUUUAAUGAGGGUUCCCCCCUGAAUUUUAUGUAUUAUUGUUAACCCCCUUAAGCUGAUAGGAUGAUAGGAUAGGAUAGGAUGGGUGGAGUAUAAAUGUGUGAAAAAAAUGCAUAAAUAAAAACACAAAAUAGACACAAAAACUAACAGUGUAUUCCUCACACCACAGGUCAACAACUAAGCAUACUCACUUAGACUGCCUUGCCUGAGCACAUGAUGUGUGUGUGUGGAGAGAGAGCGAGAAGAAGAAGAAGAAGAAGAGGAAGAAGCCUACUGCAUUGUGACAAGAGAGUAGAAUUACACACACAAAAAUUAUAUAUAUAUAUAUAUAUAUAUAUAUAUAUAUAUAAUAUUAUAAUAUAUUAUAUUAUAUUAUAAAUUUUAUAUAUAUAUAUAUAUAUAUAUAUAUAUAUAUAUAAUAUUUUAUGAAAUUUUCUAAUUUACAUUUCAAAAUAUUCAUUUAAACACCCAUGGUUCAUUUUACAUACGAUACUUCCCUGCAUAUUUUACAUUCAUUAAACCAUUGUUACAUCCAUCAAAACUUAUUUACACUGUUGAAUUUAUCUUAAUGCUACCAGCGUUUUUAAAUGAACACAAUUUUUACCCAUAUAUUCAGUAAACGUUUUCCAGUCUUCUUUAAACGUAUAUUCUUCUUGUUCUAUUAUUCUACAUGUUAAAUCUGCAAGUUGCGCGUAUUCCAUCAGUUUAAGUUGCCAUUCUUCUUUGGUUGGGACCUCGCUCGUUUUCCAUUUGGGGGGUAACAAAACGUGGGCCGCAGGAGUAGAAUACAUAAAUAACCUUUUCUGACACCUGGGAAUUUCCCUCCAAAUUAUCCCCAACAAAAAGGACUCUGGUGGGUUUGGGGUUUUUUUUGAAAGGUACGUUUAAACAUUUUUUUUUCUAAUUCAUUAUAUAUCAUUUCCCAAUACUCUUUCACUCUUUUACAAGUCCGCCACAAAAUUUGCUUUAGAACUUCUGUGUAGAUCUAGAAGAAGAAUGCGCAGUUAUUUUGAAACACCCAGGAGUAGGCUUCAGCUGCCUUUUACUUCAUGAAAAAAAAUUCCUUAAAACAUCCCUUUGGCCAUUCUUAACAAAAAAAUAUUUCAAGCCAAAAAUGCACAAUGUCCAACACAGAGCAACUCUCCCCCUUUUUCAUUUCUUGUCCAGCACUGCCUCAUCACACCCCAAGCUGAUGUCAUGAAGUCCACUUGCCUGAUGGUUAGGUCGUAUUAGACUCCUGGAGGUCACAUGAGCAAUUGACUAUAUCUAGUGGUUUGAACAGUUUGAACAGUUCCUGGGUUUGGGCACACUUCUUUCUCCCUCCUUCCAAGCCACUCUACCCCCCGAUGACAUGGUCCCACCUACCCUGUUUGCCUGGAUAUUUUCUCGUUUGCUUGGUGGACUUGGAAGCUGGCCACAGUGUUAUUCGGUGCCAAGAGCUCGGCAGCUGUUGAGAGAUCAGUUGUGACAGAAGCCUGGGUGUCCAUCCUAGACUUCAUUUGUCAUCCCCAGAGCCGGAUUUACGUACAGUGGUACCUCGGGUUACAUACGCUUCAGGUUACAUACGCUUCAGGCUACAGAUUCCGCUAACCCAGAAAUAUCACCUCAGGUUAAGAACUUUGCUUCAGGAUUAGAACAGAAAUUGUGCUCCAGGGGCGCAGCUGCAGCAGGAGGCCCCAUUAGCUAAAUGGUGCUUCAGGUUAAGAACAGUUUCAGGUUAAGAACAGACCUCCAGAACGAAUUAAAUACUUAACCCGUGGUGCCACUGUAUAAGCUAAACAAGCUAUAGCUUAGGGCCCCACUCUCUUGGGGGCACCCCCAAAAAAUAAAGGAAAAAAAUCUGGAUGUACAUUUCCAAAAUACAGUGGUACCUCGGGUUACAGACUCUCAAGUUACAGAUGCUUCAGGUUACAGACUCUGCUAACCCAGAAAUAGGACCUCAGUUUAAGAACUUUGCUUCAGGAUGAGAACAGAAAUUGCGCCAUGGCGGCACAGCGGCAGCAGGAGGCCCCAUUAGCUAAAGUGGUAUCUCAGGUUAAGAACAGUUUCAGGUUAAGAACGGACCUCCGGAAUGAAUUAAGUUCUUAACCCAAGCUACCACUAUAUAAGAUAAAAAACAAAUAAAAUAAAACCUACAUACAGCAACAGUAUUUUGUGUUGUGUAGGCUCCUAUGAUGUAAGUAAUGGGCCCUGCCUGCUAGCCUGCUCACUAAAAUAUCACUGGUUUGCCCAUUUCUAUAUAUAGGGUGCCUACAUUCUGCAUGGACUGGUUGCAUGGCAACAUGUGCAAAUAGCUUUAGAUACCUAUUAGGUCCAUAAAUUACCAUGUAGCAGAUAUUCAAUACAAAAAACUGCAACAAUUUGUUGUUGACAAAGGACAGCUGGACAUAUAAAGGACCCCAUUACCUUCAGUAGCUUAGGGCCUCAUCAAACCUAAAUCUGGUCCUGGUCAUCCCCCACCCUAGCAGGGCUUACAGGGGUCCAGAUUUGGGGCCCAGUGUCCUUACAUCACAGAGCCAUUGGCUGCUUUGCUUCAUCCUCCUUCUUGGUCAGCUGUCCAGACAGCUGCACCACAAAAACAUUUAUGGGCUCUUCCCUUUUUCAAAGAAACCUGCUUGCUACCAACAGAUGGAACUGUAUGCUACGUUUUCUGCUAACAUUUCAUGUUGCCGUUCUAAAAAUGCAGCUACUUAAAAUCAGAAGUUUAAAAAAACCCACAACUGUGUUAAUAUUAAUUGUAGCAGAUGGGAUUGAGAAGGGCAGAAGGGAGGAGAAAGAGGCUGAUUUCAAUCGCUUUUAAUGUGUUUUAGUUAAAAAUAGGCCUGUGCCAGCUGCAAAGUAUUCCAUGCCAAUUCCCCCCACCUUUAUGUGAGAAAUUUCUGUCAACAAGUUCCCAUGGGGUGGGGGGCUACCAGGAAUAGUAGGCAGCUUUUGUACUUUCAGCGAAAGUGAAAGAAAAAAUGCUGGUUUUAACAGACUGCUAGAGAAGUGCUAGUGUGCCCCCAAAUCAUAUAUUUUUUUAAAAAAAUGAAAUUAUAAUGAAGGCUAUGGUGGGACCAAAAUAUUGCUAGAGAUUGUCUAAUACAGUGUGGUACCUCGGGUUAAGAACUUAAUUCGUUCUGGAGGUCCGUUCUUAACCUGAAACUGUUCUUAACCUGAGGUACCACUUUAGCUAAUGGGGCCUCCCGCUGCCACCGCCGAGUGAUUUCUGUUCUCAUCCUGAAGCAAAGUUCUUAACCCAAGGUACUAUUUCUGGGUUAGUGGAGUCUGUAACCUGAAGCGUCUGUAACCUGAAGCGUCUGUAACCCAAGGUACCACUGUAAUGCAUCUCUUUGUGAAUUGCAGCUCUGGUUGUACCUCCUUCAGCCUCCUGUAGAGGAGAAUACAGUUUAUCCCAAUUCUUCAUCUAAUGUAUCUGGAUCACUCAAAGAACUCCCAAUACAGAUAUGAAGCAAAGGUAUUUGCUUUUGGAGAAUGUUGUCUAUUGUGCCUCUUUGGGAGUUGCUGAUCUGAGUUUACCUCCUUCUUAUCAGAACAGUGACUCAUGAAGAAACUUCUCUGAGGGUGGCUAGUUUUCACUCUUACAAACUCUGACAGUAAACCUUUGGUGGUGGUGGGUGGGUGCUUGUGUAUGGAUGUGGGGAGGAAGAUAAACUGAAAGAAGAUUUUCAAUAUGCCAAAUGGCAUUUUGCGGUGCAAUUCUGCCAGAUACAACCCCCUAAUAUUCAGAACAGAAUUUAGAUGGCAUGGAAUUCAGCCGCGUUCCCAAUUUUAAAUCCUGCUUAUUGUUUUUGUGCAAUAGCUCCUUAUUUGCAUGUCAACGGAGGUUUAUGUGAAAUAAUUCACAGAUGUACGUUAUAUAUUUUACAGUAGCUGCUAGUUAAUUAGACUUAUUAACUAGAGGGACUAGUUAAUUAGAAUUAUUAAGAGGAACCGUGACAUGCUAAGGGACUAAUUUGCAGACAUUGCUUGUUUUGCUUAACAGAGCUGAGGGAUGAUCUAUAUUUCCCUUCUGGAAGAGGCAUGAUCAGAGGAAAGAACUAUAUAGGCUAAAAUUAUGCAGAAGAAGUGUUUAAGGGUGCUUCCAGAAAGAAAUUUAAUAUUGUAAACAGGUUAGUGACAGUUCACAAAUGGGUUAUUGGUAAUGUCCCCCCCCUUCCAUCUUAUUUCAUUUUCCCCAGCUUAAAUGUGGAGAAAAUAUGAGCUAACAUUUUGAUGGCAAAAAUGUUGUGUGGAUGUUUCAAUGAACCUGCAUGCAUGAGGAGCAGCCAUCCCAUCCAUAAUAAGGACUUGUUUGGAAGCACCCCAAGAAUGGAAGGAAGGACUUACCAUUUAUUAUAUGCUUCCCACUUCUUGAGCAGAGCUCAUUUCAAUUCUAGGCCAGGGGGUGACAUCAUGGGGUAAUUUAAAUCAAGAACUGUGUGUGUUCAGGAUGGGUGAAUCUGUCAGUUUUGGCUUUUCUCAUUUUUUUUCUAGUUUUAAGUUCAGUACUUCAUCUUUCUACAUCAGUUUGCCUUUUUUAAAGUCCUUAUGAAAAUUUGUCAACAGCUAAAGAAGUUUCCAGUUCUACUAGUUUUUAUGGUCACUUAAGGUAGGCUUCUCACAAUAUGUAGUCUUGUUCACAGGCAUGUUUAUGAACUAACCAAAUUAUAGGCAAAUUAUAGGCAAAUAUAUAGGCAGAAAAAUUUAGAGGACAAAUGGAUGUUUUUAACAGACCAAACAAUUUCUUAUCUUUCUCACCACUGAGUGUCCAAAUUUGGUGCUCAUACCUGGUCAAACAAGCCACGUGGUACCAGUUCUGCAGAUGAACAUCUGCAAAAAUUACCAUGUGUUAAUUGGGGCCAAUUAAAGCUAAUAGUUAAAACUCUUUGAAUUUGCAUGGAUAAUUUUUCCUGUUGGAUACUACAAAUUUUAAUGGAAAGCUGAGACAGACUAUAUUUCAGCCAGUGUAUUAACCCAAAAGGUUGACUCCUUGCAGCAAAUAGUGGACCAAGAUAAUAAAGAAAUAUAUAUUACAUAGUUCUGCAAAAUAGGGUCAGCCAAACUUUUAAAAGGCACAUGAAAAUACAGAAGCGAUUAAAGGAGAUUAUGAAAUAGUUGAUUAGCUUGUGCUGGUAGUUCAUAUAUUUCUGAGUAAACAUGCAUAGUCCAUCCCACUCUAUUCUCUCACAGUAUACUGAAAUCUCACAGAGAGGGAAAUUGUUUUUUUUCUGGCAAUGAUGAAUUAAAAUUUUAACUUGGGCAUGGAGACAUUCUUUUUUCUGAAUAUGUGUCCUUAUGAGUUGUUUCAUUAUAUUAGCAUGGAGCCAUCUGGUUUGGAGACUUCUUGUGGCAUCUAGACUGCCUACCUACAACAAAGUAGUAGUAGUAGUAGUAGUAGUAGUAACAAUAAUUUAUUUAUACCCCGCUCAUCUGGCUGGGUUUCCCCAGCCACUCUGGGUGGCUGCCAACAGAAUAUUAAAAAAAGGAUAAAACAUCAAACAUUAAAACUUCCCUAAACAGGGUUGCCGUCAGAUGUCUUCUAAAAGUCAGAAAGUUGUUUAUUUUCUUGACAUCUGAUGGGAGGGCAUUCCACAUGGAGAGUGCCACUAUCGAGAAGGCCCUCUGCCUAGAAGGAAACAGACAAAACGCAUCAGGAAGCAGACAAAACCACAUCCUUUUAAACGUGUUUGAAAAUCCUUGCAAGAGAGACGAGAACGAUUAGGUAGGUGACAAUAAGUUUUCCCAUUAACAAGAGACUUCAUGCCUAAAUUUGACUCACCUGUACUUAAUUCAUUCUCAACGGCCAAAGUAACCCCCAAACCCCCAAUCCUGUUAAUUUUUCAAGUUUUGAAAUUCAAAAUGACUUCAUCUGUAUCACUCAUUUCAAUUUUUGCUCUGAUGGGGAGGCCUGAUCAAUAGGAUUCAUCAGUGAGCCACCUGCCCAAUAGGGAUGCUUGAGUCCUGGUAUGAAGUGAGCUGAUUGGCAUGUUUUGGAAUAAGGUUCAGACUGGAGCUGAACUUGUUCACCAGAUUUCACAUUUUGCCAAAGUGUUUAAAAUAUGUAUUUUGAGAGAAUGUGUAUUUGAAACUAUGUUUUUUGAAGAAUAUGUUUUAAAAAGAAGAAUUUUAAAAAUACAUUUGAUGUACAUUUGUAUGUCUGUUUAAAGCAAAAUCCAGGCAGAUUUAUGAGGAAAUGGGAUUGGUAAACAUGCAGAAAUGCCAUGGACUGAAAAUGGACUGAUUAAUCCAUCCCUAUUUCCUAGGUUGAAGAUGUCAGUCAUCUCUGAUGCAUCCCAUGGAGAAAUACUCCCCCCCCCCAUGUACUUUAUUUACAACCAUCCCUUUAUGACAUCUUUUCACUGAACAUCAAAGAACCCAUUUUCACUCUUUUAAACAGAAAUAACAGAUUUGGCUGUUCAAACACUAUGCUAUUAAUUACUCUAUGACAAAUCUCCAUUUUGCUUUGAUGAAACAGUUCGUAUAUAUAUCCGUCCCCUACCAUCUUUCACAAUACACUUUAUUCUUCAUUUGGGACACUGAAAAACUCUGCAGUUUCAAGCAUUUGUGGCUUCGAGCAAAUUUAUGUCACUUGAAGGUUAAUUACAAAUGUCUUCAACUUUAAAUGGAGAGAUAAUGUAUUGCACAUAAAAUAAUGGAUCAAGAAAAUAGGCAUGUUCGCUGAUUGAAACACAGCUCAAACUACAGCAAAAAACAAAAUGACAAUUUGAAAUUUGCAGGAGUUUACACUGUUCAGAACUGCUAAAUGGGACUAGAAAUGUCAGAGUUAAAACAGCUACCUUGUUUUUCGCCCUAUAGGACGCACUUUUUCCCCUCCAAAAAUGAAGGGGAAAUGUGUGUGCGUCCUAUGGGGCGAAUGCAGGCUUUCGCUGAAGCCUGGAGAGCGAGAGGGGUCGGUGCGCACUGACCCCUCUCCCUCUCCAGGCUUCAGGAAGCUAUCCGCAAGCCUUCGGAGCCCUCGGGAGUUCCCCCCGGGCUCCCCGGCUUGCGCAGAGCAGCCUGCACCCCGAAGCCCAGGCGCGCUGAGCAGUUGCGCCGGGGCUUCGGGUAGCUGUGCGCAAGCCGCAGGAGGGCUCCCCCGGCUUGCGCAGAUCUGCCUCUUAUCCCGAAGCCCUGACGCACUGAGCAGUCACGCCGGGGCUUCGGGUAGCUCUGCGCAAGCCACGGGAGCCCGGCGCUAGGCUCCUGCGGCUUGCGAAGAGUUGCCUGCACGCUGAAGCCUGCGCGCGCUGAGCUCAGCGCGCCCAGGCUCGGCGCAGCUCUCCGCAAGGUGCCGGAGCCCAGCACUGGGCUCCCACGGCUUGCGGAGAGUUGCCUGUUCUGGUGGCUGUGGUCGGGGGAAGCUCAGGCUUCCCCUGCCCCAGCCCCACGCCUGGGGGGGAAAUAAUUUUUUUCCCCUUUAUUUCCCCCCCAAAAAACUAGGUGCGCCUUAUGGGACGGUGCGUCCUAUAGGGCGAAAAAUACGGUACUUACUUUUGUGAUUUAGAUGGUGAUGUGCUAGUCACAGUGCAAGGGACUGGGGGAGUUUUACUGAAAGCAACGUGACAGACUCAUUCUGCAUCUAACAUUCUCCGAAACCUGGCAGAAGGAAAAAGAUGGUGCCUUGUCUUUUAUCUGCAUUCUCUGUCUAUGCCAGAAGAUUCAGAGUUGGCAGGGUUGAAGUUUCAUAGCUAAUAUGAAGUCAGAGACACCCACCCACUCAAGUUCCCCAUAAUAUACAGCGAUCUCAGGAACGAUCUUUCAUUUUGCGUUGGACAUCCAAGGGAGAGGAAGAUGCUUUCUUGCUGGGCACCAAAUCAGGUGACUGCCACUAAAAAACAGAUCUAUGAAAUGCAGGUACUGGGGCUAUUUUCACUUCAGCUGCAACUGUUUUGUUUUGUGAUUGUUUUAUUUUGUGAGUGUAGUGUUUAAUUAUACUAUUGGUUAUUAUUUUAAUGUAGUCACAAACUGUUUCAAUCACUGAUCAACUAGGAAAAAAGCAUAAAACCAGAUGCUUUACAAAAUGAUAGUUGGAAGAAUAUUACUAUAUAAAAAGAAUUACCGUAUUUUUCAUCCCAUAGGACACUCUGUCCCAUAGGAUGCACCUAGUUUCUUGGGGGGGAAAUAAAGGAAAAAAUUUCUCCCCCAAAACCAGGUCGGGGAACAGCGGGAUGGGGGCGCUGCGCCUCCCCACUGCCCCCCGAGCUUGUGGGGCUGGCCGAUGUCUGCCUGGCGCGAGGGGCGCUCUGUUUCAGGGCGCCCUGAGCGCCGGGCGGCAGGAUGCUCCCCACGCUGCGGGUGUCUGCCCGGCGCGAGGGGCGCUCUGCUUCAGGGCGCGCCUCGCGCGGGCGGCAGGCUGCUAUCCGCAGCGUGGGGAGCCCUGUGGGAACUCCCGCAGGGCUGCCUAGGCUGCGGAUGUGUUCCCGAACUGCCGGGCGCUCUGCUUUCAGCGCGCCCGGCGCUCCAGGAAGUAAGCUGCUAUCCGCAGCCUAGACAGCCCUGCGGGAACUCCUGCAAGGCUGCCUAGGCUGCGGAUGUCUUCCUGAAGCCUGGAGAGCGAGAGGGGUCGGUGCACACCGACCCCUCUCGCUCUCCAAGCUUCAGCAAAAGCCUGCAUUCGCCCCAUAGGAUGCACCCAGAUUCCCCCUUCAUUUUUGGAGGGGAAAAAGUGUGUCCUAUGGGGCGAAAAAUACGGUAUUUUUAUCUAGCAAUCCCUAGGUAUAGACACAGAUGACAUCAAAUUAUUUCCCAAACCUUUAGCCAAAUGGUCAACCAGGGCCUCCAAAGAAAUACCUUGCUUGGUCUACUCCAGGCAUAGGCAAACUCGGCCCUCCAGAUGUUUUGGGACUACAACUCCCAUCAUCCCUGGCCACUGGUCCUGUUUGCUAGGGAUGAUGGGAGUUGUAGCCCCAAAACAUCUGGCGGGCCGAGUUUGCCUAUGUCUGGCCUACUCAGAUAACAUAUUUUGUCAUAGUUUAACAUGCAUGUAAACAUGCGAGAUAAAAUCUUUAAUCUGCAGCCCUCAUCCCCAAAUAAAGGGGAAUUAUUAUUUCACAUCCCUUAUGAUGUGCUCACUAAGCUCCCAGAUGCAUUUUGAGUGGCAUUCAACUAGGUUUUACUCAAAGUAGGUAAAGGUAAAGGGACCCCUGACCAUUAGAUCCAGUCGUGGCUGACUCUGGGGUUGCGGCGCUCAUCUCACUUUAUUGGCCGAGGGAGCUGGUGUACAGCUUCCGGGUCAUGUGGCCAGCAUGACUAAGCCACUUCUGGUGAACUAGAGCAGUGCAUGGAAAUGCCGUUUACCUUCCCGCCGGACCGGUACCUAUUUAUCUACUUGCACUUUGAUGUGCUUUCGAACUGCUAGGUUGGCAGGAGCAGGAACCGAGCAAUGGGAGCUCACCCCGUCGCAGGGAUUUGAACCUCUGACCUUCUGAUCGGCAAGUCCAUGCUCUGUGGUUUAACCUACAGCACCACCCACGUCCCGUUACUCAAAGUACACCCACUCAAAUUAAUGGCCAAGUUCCUUAAUUUCAACAGGUCUUCUCUGAAUAAAACUUAGUUCAGUACCCCCCUGGGAUCUUACAUAUUCAUUAUUGUAUGACUGCGUAUCCUACAACAUACCACUAACUGUCCCUAUAAGCACAAGUACCUUAAACACAAGUAAGUACUUAAAGUAAGUGCUGUCAAAAUGCCUAGACCAAGGAUAGGGAACUUCUGUUCUGCCAGAUGUUGUUAAACUCCAGCUCCCAUCAGCCCUAGCCAACAUGGCCAAUAGUCAGGAAUGUUAGAAACUGUAGUCCAGUAGCAACCAGAAGACCACAGGCUUCCCAUCCUUGGUCUAAAAGAACCACCUGUCAACUCAGAAAUGCUGUUAUGGAAGUGCAGUAGGCAGGGGCUGUUGCACAUGCAUGUAUAUUAUUUGAUUGCUUUACAGUUUUAUCUGCAUACCCUCCAACAUUUAUCCGAUGAAAAUAGGGGUGUUCUAUUCCAUAAUAAUAAUUUUACUACUUAUAUACCACCCAUCUGACUGGGUUGCCCCCAGCCACUCUGGGCAGCUUCGCAACAACAACAACAACAACAACAACAACAAACUUCCCUAUACAAGGCUGCCUUCAGGUGGCUCUGGGCUUGGAUAACUCCAUACCCUCUAACAUUUAAACGAUGAAAAUAGCAACAUCCUACCAUACCCUCCAAUGUCCUAAGGAAAAGCGGGACUAUCCAGAAUCAGAUCAGAAACUGGGAUGGCUUCUGUAAACCCAGGACUGUCCUUGGAAAAUAUGGACUCUUGGAGGGUCUGCACUUGAUCCAUUUUCAUAAAUUAAUGUUGGGUGGGGGGGCAGAGGUGGAUUUAGGGCAGGACAACUGGCUCUGCUGCACUAGGUGCCAAGCCUAUGGGUCACCACAGGGUGUCAAGGGAGUGAAUUAAGCAGAACAGGAGGUGGGAGGUGGGGUGCCAGAUUUUGGCCUUGCACAGGGCACUGCAGAAAUCUGAAACACCAAAUUCUGCCCCUGGGCGUGGAGUGAGACUAGAGUGCCCUAAACUACGUGCAUUCAACUGACAACAUGAAAAGACCUUGGGUACAAACGGGAACUCUCAGAAUGAGGGCGCUUCACCCAAACAGGUCUAUAUUUGUACAGUUUGUAGGCACACAGAAUGUUUUCAUGCAUGUAAGCUUAGGGGGCAUGGCGUGCCACUGUGAUCCUGCCACGUCCCUUUUGCAGAGUCAUUCACCCAAGCUUGUCUGAAAGGGGCUUUGAUGACUGGCAUCUGUAUGGAAAAACAUUGUGUUCGAGAUGACAUGAAAGUUCUAUCUGUGGUGUUUGAUCACACUUGAGUCACCGCAUCAUUUCUGUGCAAACCAGCCCACAGAGUGCCUAAUGAAAUCCAUCUAGCACUAGCAACAUUUUUAUUACGUUGUGGAAUGCUCAAAGCACUUCUCACAUAUUAUGUGGAGAAUAUAUUGUCCUUGGUAAUCCUUACAAUAACACUAUAAGGAAGGACAGCAUCGUUAUCCCCACAUACCAGCCUUUCAAGGUCAUCCUUAACAGAAAAUGCCCCAAUCCCUUUUUUUUUCAAGUAAACAAAAUCUCUAUUUCAGUGAGGUGUCCCUACUUUCUCAAUAGCCAUGACACAAAUUCAUUACAAUAGCUGGUAUAGCAUAGGAGAAAACCAGAAUGAUCUGUGAGUCCUCAGCUCACCUCUCACCUCAGGUUUGCCCUCACUCAGUGGCCGUAAGCAAAACCCUUUUCUCUCACCAUCACUCCCCAUCACCUCACCUGCAGUAUGAGGAAAUAAUUCUGGAAUACCUCACAGGGCUGUCAUAAUUAAUGACACUGCAUGUGAUUGUGAGGUGUGGUGACAUGUGUGUAAUGCUAUUACCAUUACUAGUUAAAUUGCGUCAAGUUUGAUAGACUAGGAGAAAGAGAAGUCCAGUCUUUUCCCCAGCCCCAUUUCCUUAUUCUUCCCUCUAGCAAUGUGGCAACUGCAUCAAGUAGAACAAGGGGUGGGGUCAACCCACAUUUCCCAAACAUGUUCCUGCUGCUGUUUCCCAAAGCUGAGAACUGCCUUCAGGUCAUUGGGAAGAGGUAAGGAACACUUCCCCAUGUGAAGAAAAUGCCAAAGAACCUUGAUCUUUAAGAAGAAGACUCCAGUUCAUUUGACCAGGGGAAUAUUCAUUCACUGACAUUCUGUCACUCCCAGUCAUGGCUUCAAACUGCCAUUGAAUCCAUUCUCCUGAAUUAACAGAAAUCACAAAUCCAUUUUUUUUUCCUAUGAAAAGCUGUCUGCUUAUGGAUAAUCCUUAGUUGCCCUAUGCAUUCUUCAUAUGUGAGUAUUAAUACUGAAACCUAGGUGCUGUUAGAGUGUCCUUUUUUAUAGAAAAAAGAUGAUUUGAUAGCAAUACAAAGCAAUGCAAAAUUCAGUGACAUGCAAACAUUUAAAUGGUAACUCUAUUAGGGGAUAGUUAUACAGUAUGCUGGUCUGCUCACUUACCAACUAUAUGGGUGAAUUAAAAAUGGUCUUUUUCACUUUGGUAUUCUGUAACUAACCCAUUUACCUCAGUUUUACUCCCUCUUUUCCCCUAAUCAAAACAAAUAUUUAUGUAGGUUUGGAUUUUGACUGUUGGGCUUUCUAAGCUAAAGGAAAACUCUCUCCCAUAUUACAGGCAGUUCUUUCAUGUUAAGAAGGACACAUUAAAGGCAAGGAGGAGGAUGAGCUGA